AUGGAAUGGCUUAAACAUAGUAACAAAUCAGUCCAACAAUGUGACAUCUGUCAUACUCCUUAUAAAUUUAAAACCAUUUAUGAUCCUUCAAUGCCUGAUUCUAUCCCUUUUGAAUUCAUUUGGGAGAAGAUAUGUUCCAAUAUCGUUAAGAAUUUCACCAGGUCAAUAUCGAUAAUGCUUUAUGUGUUUUUAAUACUAGAAGUUCCAAUAUUCUGGAAAUUCAUGGGUAGAAUUUACACAUGGACCAUUGAUGGGAAAUUACCAUCUGUUAAUGAUAAUUUUAUUGAUGCAUUAUUCUUUGGAGAGAACGUUAUACAAAGUGAAUAUUCAAAUUCAAUAAUAAAUCUUGCAAAGAUAAAAAAGUUAUUUGAAGUAUCUUAUUUCUCCGGACUUCGAUAUAUAUUCAUUUAUAUCAUAAUUCAUAUUGCUUUAUUCAUUGAAAGGGAAUGGGUGAUAAGAGAUGAAGGAUUCACUAAAUUAUUGAUCAAAAGGGUUGGUGCUGAACCAAGAACCAAGUUGAUUGAUGUAUUCCAAAAUGUGAUCAAUGAUAUGGAAGAAGACGAUGAGAGGAUGAAUGUAUUUUUAAGAGCAGUCAAUGACAUGAGACAAGGACAAGAAGUGGAAAUAAUAGAAGAUAAUCACUGGUAUGAUAAUUCUGAUGCAGAAAAUACAGUGAAUGAAAACGUUCAUGAGAGACGAGUAGAAGAAGAUGCUGAUGAAGAUGAAAGUUCUGAUGAUAAUGAAAAUGGCAAUGAAUCAAGUAAUAUGGAUAAUGGAUGGACGUAUGAUUCUUCAGGUGAUAUAAUUCUAGAUUCUGAUGAGUAUGGUCAUUACAACAGGGUGGAGAUGUUCUCAGACUUUAGAGAUGACGAUACUGAGGAAAUAAUGGAAAGAGAAAGAUCUGAGAGAGAAAGAAUGGAUAUAGAAAGACUUGAAUCCGAAACAAGAGAAAGAGAAAGACUAGAACGUGAACGAAUGGAAAGAGAACGGUUGGAGGUCGAAAGGCUCCAAAGAGAGAGAACAGAAAGAGAGAGAGUUGAACGGGAAAGAAUAGAAAGGGAAAGGCAAGAACGUGAAAGAAUUGAAAGAGAAGAAAGGGAAAGAGCCAGAGAAAUUGGCAGACAGGCAGAUGCCGAAGAAGGUGAUGAAAAUAUAUUUGAAAUGUUUGGUUUCAAGUUAAACAUUUCAGUCCCUAUAUUCUUACUUGCAAUUUGUAAUACGGUGGUGGGGACAUACUUAUUCUUCACAUAUCUCAUACCUCAAAUGAUUGGGUGUGGUCUUAUAUUCUUUUUGAAUCUUACCUUCCAAGCUGUAUCGUUGGUACUUCCUUCUUACAACUUGGACGUUGAAUCAAAAUAUCAAUACGUUAUCAGUAAAUUGAAUCCGUCAGCCCGAAAUAUUUUGGAUCUGAUUGUUUUGAAUAUUGCCAUACUAUUGAAAUCAUUGGGUAAUUUAUUUACUAACGAGGAAACACCCUCAUCAUUGGAAAGAGCUAUAACAUUGACUUUGGGUUAUUCAGCCGUUGCGUUAGUGGUAUACCAAUUUAUGAAAUCAUUAGUGCGUUCUAAGCCUGUCACUGGGACUCCUAGAAAAAUCUAUAAGGUCUUGUUUGAAGUAGCAAUCACUUUAAAGGUGUUUGUGAUAUUUGCCAUUGAAAUCUUCUUCUUUCCUGUUUAUUGUGGAUGGUUGAUAGAUUUCUGUGUAGCUCCUUUACUUUUAGAGAGUUUCCAUUAUAAGAUUGGUGAUAAUUCCUACUUCCAUGUAUUAUUCACCUCCACUAUUCCAUUUUUAACCAUUGAUUACAUAAGAAUAUCAAUCUAUUGGGCUUGUGGUACCUUAUAUAUGCUUUUCUUUGCCUUAUUCAUUGGUAUGGUCAGAUCAAAAAUACUCAGACCGGGAGUUUUGUUCUUCAUUAGAUCUCCUGAUGAUCCCAAUGCCAGACUUAUUCACGAUGCCUUAGUUAAACCUAUGCUCCUACAAUUAUCUAGAAUUUAUCUCAGUGGGAAAGUAUACAGUGCCUUCAUUAUUGUUGGAAUUGGUGGUCUUACUUGGGGAUUGAGAUUUUUCAUUCAAGAGAAAGAUAAGAAUGUUUUGUUACCUAUCAAAUUAUACAAUCCACAGAACAUAAUAUUCAUCUUUGUUUUUGCUAGUGCAAUCUCAACUAACAAAAUCUUCUUGAAGCACUUAAGUGAAAGAUAUUGGAAGACGGCUUUCGAGUUAUCUUGUCAUAAACUUCGAUUAUCUCACUUUAUUUUGGGUAAACCCAUACCACAAGAAAGAGGAUACGUGGCUUACUCAUCGAUAUAUCAUUGGUUUUUCCAAACACCUCCAAAUUACUCCAAUCCAGUUACAUAUAAAGAAUCCAUCCAAUUAGGCAAUAAAGAACCUAGUUAUUUCAUCCCUAAUGGGGAUUACAUUCGUGUUCCUGAUAAUGAUACUGUUUCAAGAAAGUUUAUUAAGAAGUUGUUUGUGUCCGUCACUAAGGAUGAUAAAUUGUUGAAACCUCUUGAACCCAUCGAUACAGUAGAUGAAGGAGAUGAGAGUGAUGAUGAACUUAGUGAAAAUUCAUAUGCCAUUGUCUAUAAACCUCCAUAUUUGAAGUUCAGAUGUUUUAUGUUGAUAGUUUUCCUUUGGGUGUGGUCAAUAAUUUUGAUACUAUCCGUUGUCAUGGUAGCUUUGUUUAUUGGAAAGCCAGUUAUGAAAAUAUUGAUACUCAUUGCAGCACUCAGUGAAAAUCUCUUCGAAUUUUCAAUAGAAAUUUUCAAUAAGUCCAUCAAUCAGUAUGAUUGGAGAGUUGCCGAUUUUGGCUCUCUAGCAAUAGGAUUGAUUUGUGAGAUUUUCAUUUUGAAAUGGUUCUACAAAGCUGAAGCACAAGAAUUCGCUCCGGAUCUUGUCAUCAAUCUCCAAGCAAGACUUGCCAAUUAUUCACAAAGUCAAGUAGUCGGCGCCUCAUUAUUGAUGUUUUCAUCGCUAUUAUUGAAUCAAUUCUGGAUAAUAACUAUUCACAAAUUUGGUGUUGACGCACCUUUAGGUAUUUUGAAAAACCCAAAUACUUUCAAAAUCAACAAUGAAUUCUCCUUAGAGCUCAAAGCUUUAUUGUUACAUCUAAUUGCAAGUUACUGGACAGUCAUUCCAUUUACCAGGAGAUUAUUCAAGUUCCAAAUCCCUCAAAAUUACGAUUUAUCACUACUUCUUAAGAUCUUAGAUACCAAAAUGUUGGUCCGAGACAUAUUUUUCAUCCAAACUCCAUUUUUUGCAUUUGUUUUCGUUAAGUAUUACCUUGGAAGUUUCAACUCUUGGGAUUUAAUGUUAUUCCCUGGGUUAUUUGGAUUAUACAUUGCUUGGGAUUUCUUUAAAUAUGCAAAAUCCAUUUUCAUCAAGUUCAAUAAUGAAGUAAAAAACGAAAAGUACGUUACUGGUAGAGCUUUGGAGAACGUCUUUUAA